GCAGAAUUCACAGCCAUGCGGGAGCAGUACAUGCGAGGUGGGGAGGGCUUCAUCAUCUGCUACUCUGUCACUGACCGCCAAUCAUUCCAGGAGGCUGCCAAGUUCAAAGAGCUCAUUUUUCAGGUCCGCCACACCUACGAAAUUCCUCUGGUGCUGGUGGGUAACAAAAUUGACCUAGAGCAGUUCCGCCAG